AUGUUGUACAAACUCGCCGUGCUCGCGUCGAUCGCGUUGGUGAUGGGGGCAAAUCUGGAGGAUGAUGUGAAGGGGGCUGUCAAUGAUGUUACCACAACAAAGGAAGGCGCCAAGUAUUGCCCGGCAAUCAUCGCUGGUAAGCCAUGCCCAUCGGGGAGUUUCUUCCAUUACUACAAUUGCUGCGGAAACCUGAAUAUGGACUGCUGCUUUGCGCUGCAGACGUGGGUGAUCGUCGUGCUGGCGGUGUUCGGUGUGAUCCUCCUCGCCUCGUUCGUCCUCUCGCUCAUCCGAUGCGUUUUCUGCCGUCGU